ACACAAUCCGAAAACAUAUUUACUGAGUUAAAUUCAGACAUAGCACCAAAAGAUUGUGUGUAUUCAGGUAUAUCUGUAUGGAUCUGUCUGUAUAUUGCACAGACUGACUGCCUGAAAUUGGAUUUAUUGAUGGUGCAAAUGUUUAUAACACAGAGGUCUAUUAUUUAGGGCCUGAGGAAGAUUUAAAAAAAGAUUUCAUCUAUAAUAAAUCAGCACUGGAUCACAGCUGAAGAUUUAGGACAUGCCAGGUGAAGCACUAAUAAACACAAGAACGGUGUUGUGGAUAUAUAAAUAAAAGUAGUGCUUCAGGCUUAUUGUGAGUCUGAUGCUUUUUUGUGAGAUGAUAGAGAAAAACAGUCUACUCUUGCUGAUUAUUACAAUUCCAGAUACAAAUAUUCAAAUCCUCCAGGUGACAUUAUUCUUCUGGAGACUUUGUUCCUCACAGGCCACUGACCGCUGCUGCUGAUACAAUCUGAUACCUGAUUACGACAUACACAAAAAACACACGCAUGAAACUGUGCAGUAUAAACAUGCUGAGUUUCUACCCCUGCUCAAAUGGACAAAUCUGCCUCCAGAUCAGUUUUCUGUUGUGGAGGCGAAAUGCAUGAAGGGUGGCGAGGGUUAGGAGGACAGAGCCACUCUUGUUUUUUUCUAAUUGAUGUGAUCCAGCAGUGAUCCCAUCCAUAUGCCUUUCCUGGAGCAAUAUGCAGCCAACCAUGCCGUCAAUAGGGAACCAUGUGUAGCUCCCUGAGCCCCAAACAGCCCAGCGGGCCCGGCCUGACCGACAUGCAACAGUACCACCAGUGGCUGGCCAGUCGACAUGAAGCCAGCCUGCUGCCCAUGAAGGAAGAUCUCGCCCUGUGGCUCACUAAUAUGCUCGGCCUGGAAAUCACCGCCGAGAGCUUCAUGGAUCGCUUAGACAAUGGCUUCCUGUUGUGCCAGCUGGCUGAGACACUACAGGAGAAGUUCAGGCAAAGUAAUGGAGACCUGCCUGCUUUUGGCAAUAGCAAGACUAUUCCAAAUCGGAGGAUACCAUGUCGACGGAGCGCUCCCUCUGGCUCUUUCUUUGCGCGGGACAACACAGCCAACUUCCUUGCCUGGUGUCGUGAGGUUGGCGUUGGAGAAACGUGUUUGUUUGAGUCAGAGGGUUUAGUUCUUCACAAGGAGCCACGAGAAGUUUGCCUCUGUCUGUUAGAGUUGGGACGGAUUGCAUCCCGGUACAAUGUGGAGCCUCCUGGACUUAUAAAACUGGAGAAAGAGAUUGAACAAGAAGAGAAAGCACCUCUACCUCCUCCAUCAUCUGUAUCCCCAGCUCAGCCUCUCCCUCCAUCUCCCUCAUCAUCUCCUUCCCCGUCUCUGUCCCCUUCCCCGACUCCUCCCAAAGUCACUUCCAGCAAGAAAAGUACAGGGAAUCUGUUGGAUGAUGCUGUAAGACAUAUCGCUGACGAUCCCCCCUGCAGGUGCCCCAAUAAAUUCUGUGUGGAGAGGCAGUCGCAGGGUCGAUACCGUGUUGGGGAGAAAAUGCUCUUCAUACGAAUGCUGCACAACAAGCACGUGAUGGUACGCGUCGGUGGAGGCUGGGAGACCUUUGAGAGCUACCUGCUGAAACAUGACCCGUGCCGCAUGCUCCAAAUCUCCCGGGUGGAGGGCAAGAUGUCACCCAUCAGCAGCAAGUCCCCCAACAUCAAGGACCUGACGCCCGACAGCUACCUGGUGGUGGCAGCCCACUACCGCAGCAAAAAGUGAAGACGUGAGACUUAAAAGUGUCAUCAAUGAAAGGAUAAGGAGGAUGUUGUUUACUUGCAGGCCAGUGGACGCAGCUGUUUGACAUAUUCCUGUUCAUAAAACAUUAAAGUUACAAACACCACAGCAUCCAUGAAAGCAGACGUGUGUGAAAGUGAUGUGAAAGUGAGAGGGUAUACUUUUUUUUAGUCAGUGGGUGUUGGUGAUCAUAUUAAACUUCGAUUCAAACAGGUGGGCCCUGAAUAUUGUGUUUUGGUUUUACAUGACUGUAAACAGCUUUGUGUUCAUGUGUUCAUUACAAUAUAAUGAAUUAACUGGUUGAAGUUGUACAUUUUCUUUGAGUUUCUUUUUUCAAUUACUUACUGUAUUUUAACCGAUAUAUCACGUGCAAAUAUGUGAAAUGGUUGUUGUUUUUUUUAGCACACAUGCCUUCAUCUAGGAAAAAAUUACAGCUUUCAAGGUUUAGGCACCAUGCUUCUUUCUAUCCCUUGAUAUCUUUAAUUAGAAAAAGCAAAAUUAGUUUAGUAAAUGAUGUUACUGAAAAUGAAAACAUUUGUCAUCAAGCCUGAUUUGCCAUUUUAUUACGCUUCAUUCGUCAUUUAUGUGAAUAUCUGAGAUGUGAGCAGCGAUUCAGAUGAUUUUGCCUGUUAUUGGAAAUCACAUUAACUUUUUUUUUUUUUUUUUUUACAAUUUAUUGUUUUUCCCUCUUUUCAUUUGCUUGAUUGUGUUGAUCAUAACUAUGGCCAUAUUAAGACUGCCAAUUGGACUAUGAACUUUUAACUCUGACAUUACAGUAGAAGAUUAACUGAAAAACUAUUUACCAAAAGAAAUGUGUUAAACCAAAGCCUGACAUGAUCAUCUCCCAAAUGUCUUCUUGGUCUUUGCUUUCUGUACUGUAUUUCUUAUUAGGUUAACAAAAAAGGAGCAAUGCUUAGAUUGUUUACAUGUUAAAUAACUAUUCUAUGCAAUGCCUUUUUGUACUAUUAUCAUUUUUAAUCAAUUGUUAAUUAUUAGACUAUACUCUGUUUUACAUGCUUUCCAUUCUAACGACAUAGACAAUCACCUGUACAAGAUGCAGUAUGUAUAUAAAUUGAAUCUUAAUGAUUUAAUAUUGAUGGUAGUGGAUUUACUCAUUUGAGGCCCUCCAAUUGUUGUAUGUUGCUGACCUCUAGAGGUAGUGCAAAUGUUUAAAACGUUCAAUGUGUUAAUUUGUAAAACCUUUCCCCUGGAUAAUUCAUAUGUGGGUUUGGUGUGAGAUCAGUGGCUAUGCAAAGCUCAGGCUUGUAUGUGCAGUUAAUACGUCCAGUUUCUGUUUAUAGAUGUACAAUUUCAAUAAAUUCUCAAAAACUUAAAA